AUGACAAGUCAUGGAAUAUUGGAGUUGUCGAAUUAUUUGGUGACAUCAUUUUUGCAAUUGAACAUUGGACAAGGAGAUGGGCAUUACACAAGAGUGGGAGCAGUUGGAUAUGGAGAUAAUGCCACUCUGCAACACUCACUCACUUCAUUCACUAGUGUCAACGAUUUAUUGAGUCGCUUCAAUCCGACUAUUGAUGGAACUAAAGGAUCAAAUAUUGAAGCAGCUAUUCGAUUGGCACAAGAUCAGUUUGAUUCACAAGGUCAUCGCCCGAAUGUAAAAAGAGUUAUCAUUUUAGCGGCGUCUCAUUACGAACCUGGAACUUCUGAGGAUCCCACCCAAGUAGCUCAACAAUUUCGAGAAGAUGGAGGCUUUUUGAUUACCCUGGAAUACGUACAAGAACAUGGAGCCCAAGUACCGAUUCUUGCCGACUUGGCCAGUCCGUGUUUUGCGAUUUCAAACUCAAAUGCGGAUCUUCAUGCUGUGGACCUUCAGAAUAAACUUUGCAUGGCAAAUUGCUUUUGCUUGACGAAUUGGGAACCCUAUAUGAUUAAUCCGACCUGUAAUGUUCCGGAUGGAGGAUGCUAUUAUCCGGUGCUCAUUCCCGCUGCCGAGAUUCUAGCAAAAGCGUUUUGCGAAAGACAAACCGGUGGAAUGCUUGUUAAAGUCGAAGAUGCAGCCAAAGCCAUUUUUGUCAAUUCGAUGUACAGCAACACAAAGGAAAAGACAUGGAUUGGACUGGAGUAUAGCCCGUUGAAGUUUGGCUAUGUGUGGGAUGAUGGAUCAAAUGUGGGCAGCUAUCAGCCAUUUGCUUCUAGAAACAUCAGUGUCACAUGUGUGUCACAGCAGCCAGGCAGUGGCUUCUUGACUAAUUGGUACCCGGCUGAUUGUGUCGAAGAUCAUAUGUACACUUGUCAGUCUACCCCAUGCAGUGCCGAUAAAUAUUGCCCG